CCUGUGCUCAACUGAGGAAUCAUUAGCAGUCCUCCGACACACAGUAGACCUGGCCAUCACCUUUAUCUCCAGAAGUUAUGGCAGUAUAUCCACAGCAGAUGCCAGUAGUGAACAUCCAGCCUGGGAUGUUUCAGUCACCUACAGACCAAAAGACUACGUGGAGCAGUGGUAUCUGUGACUGUUGUGAAGACAUUCAAAUCUGUUGCUUUGGAUUCUGGUGCCCCUGCUGUCUGCUGUGUCAGAUCAGUUCGGACUUUGGGGAAUGUUUCUGCCUCUGCCUGCUGGAUAUGUUUUCUGGCUGCAUCCCAUCUACCUCUAUGGCCCUCAGGAGCACCAUGAGGGAGAGAUUCCGCAUUCAGGGGAGUAUUUGCAGCGACUGUGCCGUGGUCACCUUCUGCACCCAGUGUUCCUGGUGCCAGAUGGCCCGCGAAAUGAAGGUUCGCCGGCGCCCGCACGUAUUCGCCAACGCCCCGUCCUCUGUUCAGAUCCACAUGCAUGCCGCUCAGCCCAUGGCUUAUACCACCACUCCACCCACAGGCCUCUACCCUCCGGCGCCAUAGCUUAGCUAACCUGCGUGAGGGGGAGAUGAAUUAGAGGCUGUGGAUGUAGAAUGCCAACCUAUGAAUGACUAGACAGGGCAAUCAGCUGUAUGACAGUGGGCAUUACAGACAGCCUAUGUAAUCAUAUAAAUCAUAAUAAUCAUGAAAAAUCGUAAUAAAGCUACUACUUUGUAGAGAAAUCGUAUCAUAUAUAUCAAACAGAAAAUUAUCAUAAUGACAUUAUGGUGAAUAAUGAAUGAAAAUCAAAAUACAAAUCUGUCAAAUUAUACAUUAUUACUCAAUAAUAUAUUGUCAAAAUACCAUUGUCAAUAUACCAUGGCUGUGUCCAGGCACUCCACGAUGCGUCGUGCCUACGAACAGGUCUUAAGCCAUGGUAUAUUGAUAAUAUACCAUACACCCCUAUUCCUAAUUGCUUACGCAUACCACUGGUAUGACAUUGCAUACCGUUUUGCUAUUCUAAUUGUAUCAUUAACUGGUUUAUAAUAGCAAUAAGGAAUAUUGGAAGUUUGAAUAUUGGAAUGCUUGUGCUGUGUUGUGCCUAAGAACAGCACUUAGCUGUGGUAUAUUUACAAUAUACCACACCUCCUCAUGCCUUAUUGCUUAAUUACAACCUAUAAGAAAAAAAUAUUAAAGUGAAUACUGACACUGAGUGACUUAUUCAGUGUGAUAAGAAGCGCUGUGACCAGGAUAGAAGGACUGCAGCCCCAGUAGUGACCAGACAUAAGGAUCAGUGACAGCUACAAAAAGGGAUGGAUAGAAAUGAAUGCAGACAAAAUCUGAAAUGGGAAAAUGUUCCUUGAAAAGAUAUGCCCACUUUGAAUUUGAUGCCAGCAACACGUUUCAAAAAGACUGGGACAGGUGCAACAAAACAAUGAAAAAACGUUAUGUAAUAAAAAAGGGAACCAGGUAGAACAUCACACAACGUAUUAUGUUAAUUGGCAACAGGUCAGUAACAUAAUUGGGUUAAAAAGAUCAUCCCAGAGAGGAUGAGUCUUUCAGG